CUCCUAUUUAGACGACUCUCAUACAAUGGAUAGCUUUCAUUUAGUUUGUUUCCUCGGAAGUGUCGGCUUGCUCUGUAUUCAGUUCUUGUCAAAACAACAAUUUUACUCAUAUUAACUGAUUCAAAACACGUGUAAACUAUUUAUAAACAUUAUUGAAUUCAUUCGAUUGUGAUUUAUUCCAAAACAUCUUAAACGGGCUCAAUUAAUCGAAGAAUUAUAGUUUUUUAUUCAGCUUUUUUUCUUUAUACCUAUAUAUAUUUUUGUACUCUAUCUGAAUUUGUGCUAAAAGUUUAAAAAAAAAGUUUGUAGCCCAUAACGCUACAAACUACCAAAAUUAAUAGCUUAAGGAGAAAAAAAAAAAAAAAACACGCAAGGAGAAUAAAAGCUGAGCUUAUAGAAAAAAAGCUAUCCUCUUUACUUAUCUCUCUCACUCUGAAUAUCUCACAAUAAUUCAAAGCAAGAAUGAGUGAGAGCAAUGGUGGUGGUGGCGACAACCCACAAAUGGAUAACAAUACCAACAGCAUGGGAAAAAGCUCCGACUCCGUUUGCGAUGGUAGCAGCACGAAAAAAACCAACCGACGCUGCAUGUUUGGAUGCACAGAUGGAUCGUCAACGCUUUGUCGCUUUCCUAUACAUGAUACACAGCGAUGCCAAGACUGGGUGGAUUUCUUUCAAGUCAGCGAAGACCAUAUUCGCAAUAAUAGUUUGGUUAAUCUGCGUGUUUGUAUGAAACAUUUCAAAGAAAAGGUAACCAUGAUUAACGGCAAAGUAACCCGACAUCCGUCGGCCGACAGUGUUAACUCAAAUCAUUCAUCAAAAGGAACAAAGCGCUCAAGACAUAGUUCGACAAGUGGGUGGAAUGGACCUGAAGCCAGCAGCAGAGCAUCAUCCGUCCACAGUGACUAUACAUCAGAUUCUGAAACAAAGUCGAAGCGCAGCAGCAAUGAUUCAUUGAAAAAGCUUCCGCUCGAAAUGAUAAACGGUGGCAAUCGUAAGCUUUUUGUUAUCACUCCCAGCGAUGGCAACGCAAUGCCGGGACAAAAAAGUAAAAUGUUUUUGAUUCUCGAAAACGGGGAUGACAAUGACGAAACAAAGAAACAUCAGAAAAUCACUCUUAUAGCUGACAAAUCUGAUGCUCAAACAGCUGAGAAAAUUGAGCAACUUUUGCCACAGUUGAUUGAGAAGAUUCAAAGUGCUGCUGAAGCUAGGUCAGCAACAACUGCAAAUAAGGACACAGUUUUGCUGAUUGAUUCAGAUGAGGAAAUAGAAGAUGAAGAAGAAUUACAAACAACAGAAAAGGAACAAACAGAACAAACAGAAGUCAUAAAUGAGCUUCCAAUCAAAAUCAAACGAGUUGAGACACUUGCCCAAGAUCCGGCUGCAACUUCGAAACCAACACCUCCAACACCUGCCAAAACUACAUCUAAAACCAAUGCAGUAAAUCUAUCACCAGAUUUUCUAUUUCUUAUGAAAAUGGUUCCCAAGUUGGAAGCUAUUGCAGAUCCACUUAAAACACAUAUCAAAAAUAGAAUUGAAAGUAUGUUAAAUGAACCGUUACAUGAGAUUACGUUCGAAGAUUCGUAUGAACCGAAUUUAAGUGCAAAUGUAAAUGGCUUGAGCAGUUCGUGAUGCAAAAGUGCUUCUAAUUUUAAGAUUUUGUAUGUCGAAUAAAGGAUUAUUUUUUAUAAGAGUCGCAGAAA